AUGCAUAUCAACAUAUUGUCAAAGGACUGUUCUUGUAUGUGGGAAGAAAAAACAAGAAGGGUUUUAAACGGAGAGUUCAGUUCUCCUCCGAGCAGAAUCACAAUGAAAGCCGUGGUCCAGCGAGUUGCCUCCGCCAGCGUCGAGGUGGAAGGAUCUACAGUGUCGGCAAUCGGGCCAGGACUCCUUGUACUCGUCGGAAUUCACGACCUCGAUACAGAUUCUGAUGCUGAUUAUAUAUGUCGUAAGGUGUUGAACAUGAGAUUGUUUCCUAACGAAAAAACAGGCAAAACAUGGGACCAAAGUGUAAUGCAGAAAAAUUACGAGGUUCUAUUAGUGAGUCAAUUUACAUUGUAUGGUAUAAUGAAGGGUAACAAGCCAGAUUUUCAUGUGGCAAUGGCACCCGAUAGAGCAAAAUCCUUCUAUGCUUCUUUAGUGGAAAGAUUCCAAAGAAGUUACAAAUUAGAAUCAGUAAAAGAUGGAGUCUUUGGAGCAAUGAUGAAGGUCAAUUUGGUAAAUGAUGGUCCAGUUACAAUGCAACUCGAGUCACCAAAUUCAUCAAGGUGUACAAAUGAUGUAGCAGAGCCAGAAAAGACUUCAAAUUGAAUCAUAUGUAUGGCAUGUUUACACCACAAACGGAGUUACCAUUGAAUUUAUAAUGAUUUAUGUUUUUUUUGGAUGAUUAGAAUUAUAAAAAAAAUUGAUUACUUGCUAUGAUUUUGUUUUAAA